CCAACCAUAACAAUUACCCAUAUCCAGUCUCAUCUCGAGCCCAAAUUCUUUAAUCUAGAAUGAUACCGUCACUCAUCAAGUAUGGUCUUCGGGCUACCAAAUAUGCAAAAGAUGCUAACGCAUCCGCAUUGGCCUCUAUGCUGCUUAAAGAACAUUCAACAAAUGGUCCAUUGGUCCGCUCACAAUAUCUCGAUGCAAAUCAACUCCAGCGAUUGAGCGCCACGCUUGCUUCUCAUAGCUUGUCUGAUUCCUCCUCCAGCUUUGCGGUAGAGUCUAGUUCCGAUGCCCUUCCAAUUCCUCCCUGUCACCAUCUAGUAUAUUUCACACCACCAGAUGCCGAGGAUAAAUUGGGGCUUGAUGGAUCCGAUACGAUAUUCAAUCCGCCAGGCUCUUUUACAAGGAGAAUGUGGGCCGGCGGGGAAUUGGAAUGGGUGGAUGGAAAUAAGCUGGUAACGGGGGAGAAGGCAGAGGAAACAACAACAUUAAAGAGUGCGGAAGUGAAGAAAACGAAAGCCGGGGAUGAGAUGAUAGUUGUGGGGGUUGAAAAGACAUUCAAGAAUUCCAGGGGACUUGCGCUCGUGGAUCGAAGAAAUUGGUUGUUUAGACAAGCAAUUGAUUUUAACAACCCGCCUCCUCUUCCGCCACUUCCUUCCCUCAUCCCAGUUACUUCCGCCAAAUAUGAGCACACUAUUACCCAUACGCCGAUAUCCCUUUUCCGGUUUUCCGCAUUAACUUUCAACGCGCAUAAAAUACAUUUUGACCGGGACUGGUGUCGGAAAGUCGAGGGACAUCGGGAUUGUGUCGUACAUGGUCCGCUGAAUUUGAUACAUAUGGUUGAUUUCUGGAGGCAUAUUAUAGGAAAGAGUGAGGGAGGCACGGUGAAUAAUAAGCUUACGGUUCUUCUGCCAAAAAAGGUUACGUAUAGAGCUACGAGUCCAUUCUAUGUAGGGGAGGAGUACCGGAUACUCAUGGAGGAAGAGAAGGAAAAGGUCUGCAAUGUAAAGAUUGUAGAUCGGUUUGGAAUCGUGGGAAUGGUAGGCAAAAUUGAGAGGUGGUGAUGUUAUAAUGUGGAAUGUUGUUAAUGCCCGAGGAAAUGUUGUGCUAUGCAACUAUGAUGAUCAACAUUUAGCAUGUUCUACUGGAUACACCCUUGCAUUCUUGUCAUUAUCAGGAUGCUGCGUGCAUGUCUUUCCCGGUCUGUAUAGUUUUGUACGACCUACUGGCUAACCUACUCUGAAUAUAUCUCGGGGCUCACAAUCACGAUUCAGCGAACUCAAAUC